UAUUCUGGUAAAGCAUCUCCUCCGGUUCGGAUUUUGAUUUAAGGUUAUAUACCUAAAAAUCUCAAGUGGACUCACAUCUUCCUUCUUCCUGCUGGAUACAGCAAUCCAAUCAUUGAUUGAUUCCCUCACAUUCUUCUCAUUAAGAAAUCUCAGCACAAACUUUGUCAACCAAAUCCCGUUUCAAAUUACUAUUUUGCUGAGAAGAUCACCGCAACUGUCAGCAUGGGUUGUUCUGGAUCAACGAGUGCCAACGGGGACGAACCUAUUAAGAAAAUAACCAAACCGAAGCCAUGGAAGCAUUCGGAACCAGUAACUGGGGAGCAGCUUAAGCAGAUGCGUGAAGAAUUCUGGGAUACUGCUCCACAUUAUGGUGGCCGAAAAGAAAUCUGGGAUGCACUUCGAGCUGCUGCUGAUGCUGAUUUAUCCCUUGCCCAAACAAUAGUUGACAGUGCUGGCAUUAUUGUUCAAAAGGCUGAUUUGACCAUUUGUUACGAUGAAAGAGGUGCAAAGUAUGAGCUACCAAAGUACGUUUUGAGUGAGCCAACAAAUUUGGUUCGAGGAAGUUGAGAACGAAGACGCGGACAAUGUUUAAUUUCUAGUUUCAAGACCUGAAAUCAUGUAUAGUUUUUAGUCUUAAAUCAUAAUCCAUUUCCAAAAUGUUUUGUGACGAAAACGCGCUGAUGCGAGUUGACCAACAGCUUCUACAUGAUGUGGAUAUUUUGAGUAGAAAUUGUGGCAUGUAAAACACUUGUUUUCCAUGGAUAUAUAUGUCCUCUUUUGUGCCAUUUCUACCAAUAAAUCAUGAAUAAUGUUGC